UCAGUCCGCCUGUAACCAGAUGGGGGUCGUUCCAUCGACAACUUUCAAACGGUGCUACCACCUCCCGCAAGCCAUGCUCAACUACCAGGGUCUGACGUCAAAAGGAACGCGAGCCGUCUGCCUUGCUCUCGUGUCUAACGCCGUAGUGUCGGAAUUACUACUGGCCGGAAACGCCAUUGGAACGUAUGGGUUGCAGUGUAUUGUGGACAUGCUGAAACACAACACAACUAUACAGGUUUUGGACGUGUCUGACAACGAUCUUGGGAGUGCUGGGGCGUCGUUACUGGCAGACCUGAUCAGCAACACAACUCUAGCCUCACUUAAAGCAUCGGGUAAUCAUUUUAAAGGAACCGACGCCAAAUAUUUUUCACAAGCUAUACAGAAAAAUACCACAUUAAAGCAUCUGGAUUUGAGCCACAAUGAGUUUACGGAGAAGGGCGGAAUACUCCUGGGCCGGAGCAUAGGUGAAAACGAAUGUUUAGAAUCAGUAAAUCUAAGCUGGAAUCACCUCAGACUGACAGGAAUAGCUGGUAUAGCUGAAGGUAUUAAAGCAAACGUGAGCAUCAAGAAGUUGAACGUGUCGUGGAAUGGGAUCGGUAACGACGGCGCCAGGGUGCUGGGUCGCGCGCUCAGAGACAACUGGAUACUGGAGGAACUGGACGUGUCGUCAUCAAGGAUCGGCUUUGAAGGGCUCAGAAUGCUGUUUGCGGGAAUGGUUGGCAACGAGACGUUGAAACGUCUUAUACUAACCAAGAAUCCGAUUACAAGUUCUGGUGCGUGUGUGGCUCUCAGACUCAUCCAAUCAACGCCAAGCUUUCAAAUAAAAAAGCUAGAAAUGGCAGAUCUUAGUGUCACUAGCGAGUUCCUGGAUUUGCUGUCAGAGCUGCAUAAAACGAAGCCCGACUUCGUGGCGGUGUAUGGCGGAAUACUGCGAAAUAAAGACAUGAUUCUAGAUACUCUGGCCAAGCACAGCGACAUCCGCGACCCGUUGGAAAUCUUCAUGGAGUUCAUCAAACAAAACAAUCUGCGCUUGAUGGACAUGUUCACCAGGCUUGACAAGGACAAGAACUUUAGCAUUAGCAGACUGGAGUUUGAAAGAGGCAUAAAGGACGCGGAAAUUCCACUGGAUGGUCUUCAGAUGGACAAAUUAAUUAACAGACUUGAUUUCAACGGAGAUGGAGAAAUAGAUUUUGGAGAAUUGCUUGAUGGAUAUCACCAGUAUGUGCAACGACGGCGUAAGAAGAGGAAAGAUUCUGAAUACAUGCAAGCUCUAUCCAAUCAAAUCAGACCUAUAUCCUCGAGAUCACGUUAUGUGUUCAGAAAUCCUUCCAGACCCUCUUCACCGUCGUACGACUCUGACCCAAAUUCAAGACCUGUGACUCCCCACUGCAUCAACCUCAGUGGACCACUGGGAAACCGAGACGAGUUUAUCAUGUCUCUGAACCAUCUGCCGAACAACAGGAACCACUUUCUAAACGUGUCCGACAUGAACGUGACCGACGUGAAUGCACUGAGUGACGACAGCGACGACAGCGACGACACGGGUUGUGAGAUACAAGUCCCUCAGUUAUACGACCACCACGGCAUUGGGGACCUGACAAUCAGUGACUGGUGAACUCUUGUAUGGAAUGAGCGCCAUGUGAAUACACAUAUAGUGUAUAAGCGUCCAGCGUGUAACAAUCACCAUAUGAAUACGCAUGUAUUGUAUAAGCGUUCAGGAUGGAAUAAUCGCCAUAUGAACACGCGUGUAUUGUAUACGCGUUCAGGAUGGAAUAAUCGCCAUAUGAACACACAUAUCCAGGAUGGAAUAAUCGCCAUAUAUAUGAAUUCAUACACAUAUAUUGUAUAAGCGUCCCGGGUGGAAUAAUCACCAUAUACUAGUAUCUGAAUAGACGCAGUGUAUGAGCGUUCAGGAUGGAAUCGGCGCCUUAUGAAUACACAUGUAUAAGCGUACAUGAUGGAAUAAUCGCCAUAUAUUUGAAUACACAUCGUGUAUAAGCAUUCAGGAUAGAAUCAGCGCCUUAUAAAUACACAUAUAUUGUAUAAACGUCCAAUCUUAUGAGCUAUAUCAUACACACACGAACGGUCGGUUUUAGACGCAGUAUUGGUCCGCGAACAAAACGUCCAUCCAGUCAUUUUCUUUCAGGACUACGAUGCUUUCCGAAGACCAGGAAUAAAAACAGUCUAAUUACAGUUAAUGAAGUUUGUCGAUUCUUAAAUGUCUUGCAUUAAUAAAUAAAUUUGAUACUA